UGGGACUCUGCUCAUCUGUCGCUGUAAACGGGGCCCUCGAGUGCGGGCCAGGACAGUUUCAUUCUACACGGGAAGCUGUUUCAGCGGGGGAAUAGAAGUUUCGUCCCUUCGUUCCUCGUUCGCUCCGCUUCGGCGCUUCCCAUGUUUCCGAUCGCCUUGAGGCCGAGCGAAGCGUAGCUUGCUCAAGAGAUCCAAGUCGUUUUUUGCAGCCAUACGAACUGUUCAUGGUUUUUUUUUUUUUUUUUUUUCUGUGCAGAGAUUGACGAGCCCUCGCCCUCUCCCUCUCGGGGGCGUUAGUAGCUGAGGGAAUUGGCGACCGUGGCAUUGGGGUUGGGCGCUGGAAAGGGGGAGACGGUAGGUUGGCUCCCCUUUGCUGUAAUUGAUCUCAGUCGGUUUCUUCUCAUUUUCCUGCACAAUCACGGUCAUCGCCUUAGGACCAGUCACUCCAGGGAGGACAGAAAGAGGGAAGGUCCACAUAGCCAAUUCACAACGAAUUUAGGGAAUAAUGGGGUUAAAGAAGGUUGGCAAAUAUGAUGUUGGCGGAACAAUUGGACAGGGGACCUUCGCCAAGGUUAAGGUUGCUGUCAAUACAGAGACCAGUGGGAGCGUUGCCAUCAAAGUCCUUGCAAAGAAUACCAUCCUCGAGCAUAAGAUGGUCCAUCAGAUAAAGAGAGAAAUAUCCAUAAUGAAGAUUGUGAGGCACCCGAACAUAGUAAAACUACAUGAGGUUUUAGCCAGCUCAACAAGGAUAUACAUCAUCCUGGAACUUGCCACUGGUGGUGAAUUAUUUGAUAAGAUUGUACACCAACGAAGACUUAGUGAGAAUGAGUCUAGACGGUACUUUCAGCAGCUUAUUGAUGCAGUAGACUACUGCCAUAGCAAGGGUGUGUACCAUAGGGAUUUGAAGCCUGAAAAUCUUCUCCUUGACUACCAAGGAAACUUGAAAGUCUCAGAUUUUGGACUGAGUGCAUUACCCCAAAAAGGUGUUGGACUUCUUCGUACAACUUGUGGUACUCCCAAUUAUGUUGCCCCUGAAGUACUUGGUCAUCAAGGUUAUGAUGGUUCUGCUGCUGAUAUAUGGUCAUGUGGUGUCAUUCUAUUUGUCCUGAUGGCUGGAUAUCUUCCAUUUAAUGAGGUGGAUCUCCCAACUUUGUAUAAAAAGAUCAAGGCUGCAGAAUUUACUUGCCCAAUACACUUCUCUUUAGGCGCUAAGUCAUUGAUACAUCUAAUACUUGAUCCAAACCCCAAAACUCGAAUUACCAUUGAAGGUAUUAGAAGUGAUGCAUGGUUCCAAAGAAAUUAUAUUCCCAUUCGACUGGGCGUAGAGGAAGAAGUCAAUUUAGAUGAUAUUGAUGCUGUUUUUAAUGAUAUUGAGGAUCAAUAUGUAACUGAGCAAGUGCGAGAUAAUGAUACUGGGCCUCUUAUAAUGAAUGCCUUUGAGAUGAUAACUUUAUCUCAAGGGUUGAACCUUUCAGCUUUAUUUGAUAGACGCCAGGAUUAUGUGAAACGUCAAACUCGGUUCAUUUCACGCCAACCAGCAAAUACCAUUGUAGCAACAAUAGAGGCUGUAGCAGCAUCUAUUGGUCUAAAGGUCCAUUCUCAAAACUUUAAGAUGAGGCUCGAAGGAUUAUCUUCAAAUAAGAUGCAUCAGCUUGCUGUUGUGCUAGAGGUCUUUGAAGUGGCACCUUCACUUUUCAUGGUUGAUGUUCGGAAGGUUGCUGGUGAUACCCUAGAAUAUCACAAGUUUUACAAGUCGAUGUGCAAUAAGCUGGAGAGUAUUAUCUGGAAGCCAAAAGUAGACGCUAAGUCAGGUCUUCUCAGAACAAAGACUUCUUGAUAUCAACCUGAAACACAGAUGAAUCCGUACAGAAGAAUAUUUCUGCUUGGGAACUGUCUAUCCACUGCUCGCUUCACGGCUCAGUAUUGUUUAUGAUUAGCCAAUAGAGCUUGUAGGUUGUAUCGCAUAAUGUAUCAGUGUGAUUAUGUAGCUGGUGCUAAAUGAGGUGGACAAGAUUAACGAGGAACACUGUAGUUCAGAAAUUUAGUUGUCUUGAAGGCUUCUGUUAUAGUUAUCUAAUUCAUGUU